UCAACUCAGAGGAAAAAGACCUAAAGAACAACUCGCAAGUGUCUCGUUUAGUCUCUAGUUUGAAUCUCUCUCGUACGUCUGUGUCCUCUUUUCUUGGGCUAUACCGGAAAAGUUCUUCCUUCCAAGGAAAGUAGUGACCUUUGGAACCAGAAGAUAAAAGCGUGCAACAAGACUACAUUCAAGUGUCAGCGUUUUAACUCCUUCAAACAACGUUUAUUACUAAAGUUUCAGCAUGGGUCUCGUCGAAGCCAUCCAUCCAGUCCUCGGGACAAUAGAGUACAGACAGCCGAUGUCCAAACUGGUCUUCAUCGGUGGUUCUCUGCUGUUCUUCACGCUCGUCUUUGUGGUCUGUGGCUUGGUGAGCUACGGGAUAAAAACCUACAGGAACUUACGAUCACGAGAAAAGGUAUUCUGGAACCUGGCAGUUGUCCGUGCUCUGUAUGGAGUUUUCUGUACGGUGAUGGGGAGUUGGGCCAUCUGGUGGGAUGAGGUUGCAAUCAAAGAUGUCGUCCAUGCCACCACACCGACCGGUUACGUCACCAUCUACGUCACCGUGGGCUUCUUCCUCUUCGAGACCAUCGCCUCCACGACCUCUGACCUCCUGUUCGGAAAGUUCAACCCUCUUCUCAACGCCCACCAUUUUGUUUCUUUGCUAGGUCACAGUCUUGUAGCCUACUAUGAAUGUUUUCACUAUCUUGGCGUUAGUGGCUUGAUUCUCGAAAUGAGUACCCCAUUUUCGGCGCUGUGUUGGAUGCUACUAAAAUGCGGGUUGGCCGAAUCCUUUAUGUGGAAGUUGAAUCAAGUCGUUCUCAUCCACACCUUCCAUUUGCGUUCCGUUGUGGAGUGUUUCUUGUGGGUUCAGACCUACAAAAACUGGACCAACAUGUGGAAUGAAAUGCCCUUCCCCCUGUUAGCGGUAUUCUUGGGGGGUCUCUUCAUGUUUUCGCUUGUGAUGACUCCAUAUUGGUGUUACAAAAAGACGGCCCAACUCUUUAAUCCGAUUGAUUGGAAUUUCAAUGACAGCAAACGGAAAGGGAACACCAAUGGAUACACUGUUGACAUUCAUAAUGGCGAUGGCCGUAACAAAAAGAGCAAGUAAGAAUUCUUAACAGAUAAACGUCCUUAAAUUAGUGCCAAGAUCCUUUUAAAUAUGUUUUAAUAGUCAUACAACCGUCACUUUUACAAACAUUGUCAAAAUGAAUGUCCAAACUUAUUAUAAGUAAUUUUCAUGGAAACAAUCACCAAAGAAGUAAACCUACAAAUCAAAAACUAAAAAGCCUCUAAGAUCAUUGGAGUAUAAUAAAAUGUUUCAAUUAUAUGAUGAUUAUUCGCAUAAGAAAGAAUGAGCUGUUAUUAAUUUGUUUUUACAAACGUAGCGAAAACAGAAACAUCCUUUGUAUGCAUUAGGUUUUCUGAUUUUAUCACAAUGCAAAUGUUUGUGAUUUAACCUAAUAAUUACUUCUGUGAGUAUAUUUUUAUUGUCAAGGGUUUUUAGUGGAAUCUUAGUGCUCAAACAUAUAUGAAGAAGCUUAUAAAUGUGGUAUCUAAAGAUAUCGAAAUCAUCCUAAAAUUUAGGGCUUAGAUUUUAGAGUUACUAACUUACAGCCUUUAAGUUAUGAUUCUAAUGGGAUGACUAUAAUAUUUUUUUUGUUCAUUUAAGAGUAACAUGCAUCUUUUUUUACCAGAUAUUCAUUUUGAUAUCUUCUUGGGCAAGUUAUUCGGUGGAUAGCAUGUCAUGCGAAAAUGUUAAAGACUUUCGAGCAUGCCUAUGGAUUCAUUUUAGCAUCGCAGAAAUUAAGUGGUUAUGUUAUAAGAGUAUACAUUCUUCGUAGAUAAGAUUUGAUUAUCACUUGUUUAGGAUAUGUCAUAUAUUCUAAUGCUUUUUGUAUCAAAACUGAAGUAAAUGCUCUCUCACAUA